CAAUGUGCCGAGGCUUUCAGAGGGAAUGUCCAGUGCUGAGUUUGCUGCAGGAUGGCUGUCUGGGGCAGCCGGGCUGGCUCUGGGUCACCCGAUCGACACAGUGAAGGUGCGGUUGCAGACACAGGCUGGAUACCGGAACAUUGUGGACUGUGUGGUCAGGACCUACAGAGAUGAAGCGGUCCUUGGCUUCUUCAAAGGCAUGAGUUUCCCACUGCUGAGCGUGGCCAUCGUCAACUCCAUCAUGUUUGGGGCCUACAGCAAUGCCCUCCUGUUCCUCUGCAACACUCACCACCGCAAUCGCAGCUCCAACCCUCCCAGCUACACCCAUGUCUUUGUGGCCGGCUGCUUCUCGGGACUGGUGCAAGCUGUGGUCCUGGCCCCUGUGGAUCUCGUCAAAGUCCGGCUGCAGAACCAGACCCACCCGUUUGGGCAGCACAGAGUCCUGCCAGGGAAGGUCCAGCCACGGUACAAGGGCCCGGUGCACUGCGCUGCCAGGGUCUUGCGGGAGGAAGGCAUGCCGGGCAUGUUCAGUGGGGCGCUGGCGCUGGUGCUGCGUGACACGCCCACCUUGGGCAUGUACUUCCUGACUUACGCAGGACUGUGCAGGCGAUGGACCAUGGAAGGGCAGGAGCCAGGCCCUGCAACCGUCCUUGUGGCUGGCGGUUGUGCCGGGACGGUCUCGUGGGCCUUGGCUACCCCAAUGGACGUGGUGAAGGCUCGUUUACAAAUGGAUGGGGUGAAGCAGGUGCGGUAUCAGGGGAUCCUGGACUGCAUCCUCACCAGCGCCCAGCAGGAGGGCCCACGGGUGUUCCUGAGGGGACUGGCUCUGAACAGCCUCCGUGCUUUCCCAGUCAACGCAAUUACUUUAUUGAGCUAUGAGACUCUCCUCAAGGUUCUCUGCUGA